AUGACCGCCGACGUUGACAUGGCCGACGCCUCCGUGGUGGCUGCCUCCAAAGUACAGGAUCCUAAAGAAGAAGAGCCCACGCCUGUCAGCUUAACUGAAGAAAUCGAGCUGGCAUUUGGCCUGCUUCAGAAAGCAGCUGCCAACUUCGACAACAGAUAUGUUUCCAAGGUGCACCGUGACUUGGGCGGCUUGAGACGCAGAAUUGUCGAGGACCCCAAUACAUUGGCGCUGGUUAUUGCUAAAACGCUUCCAGUGGAGCACCAGUCCAGAGACACACUCUUGAGCCAGUUACCAAAGACACAAGUCGACGCUCCCACGUCGGGCGAUGUGCUUCCUGAAAUCAAUGUUUUCAUGCACCUUCUUGUCCAGCUCUACCUUCUCGAUACACACGAAUUGGACCGUUUGGACGAGUUCAACAAACAUGUCAUUGCCUUGUUGGCCUCCUACAACCGCAGAACCUUGGACUUUGCCCUGGUCAAGGUGUGGUUCUACAUUGCCCGCACACACGAGUUGAGAGGCGACUUGUACCUGAUCAGACCGGCGCUUUUGGCGGCUCUCAGAACAGCCACCUUGAGACACGACGACGAAACCACCGCCAUGGUGAUCAACUUGUUGUUGCGCAACUACUUACUCACGCACGAGAUCUCACAGGCGGCUAACUUGUGUGAAAAGGUCGUCUUCCCCACGAAUGCUGCUAACGCUCUCACCGCCAGAUAUUACUACUACUUGCUGAGGAUCAACACCAUUCAAUUGGACUACUCGCAAGCACACGAGUGUGUGGUGGCUGCUAUCAGAAAAGCUCCUCAGACGCAAUUGGCUACCGGCUUCUUGCAGGCAGCCACCAAAUUGAACAUCAUCAUUGAAUUGUUGAUGGGUGACAUCCCAGAGUUGAAGGUUUUCAAAUCGACGUCAGGUAACCUUGAGCCAUACUUCCAGGUGACGAAGGCUGUGCGUCUCGGUGACUUAAAGCUCUUCGGAGAGGUGUUGAACAAGUAUGAGGCCGUUUUCGUCAAGGACGACAACUUCACGUUGGUGUCGCGGUUGCGUCAGAAUGUCAUCAAGACCGGUAUUAGAGUGAUCUCACUCUCGUACUCCAAGAUUUCCUUGAGAGACAUCUGCAUCAAGUUGCACCUUGAUUCAGAGGAGGCUACCGAAUACAUUGUCUCCAAGGCAAUCAGAGACGGAGUGAUAGAAGCCAGUCUCAAUCACGAACAGAGCUACAUGAAGAGCAAGGAAUUGUUGGACGUAUACUCCACCAAGUUGCCCCAGGAGGACUUUGACCAGAGAAUCCGCUUCUGCUUGUCUUUGCAUAAUGACUCUGUCAAAGCCAUGCGGUACCCCUCCGACGACAGCAAGACCGAGUUGGCCAAGAACAACUUGGAGUCCAGAGACGACGAGAUGGGUUUAUUGCAGGCAAUCGAGGACGGUGACUUGGACGACUUCAUGGAGUAG